CCGACCAAUCAGACCAAUUUGUUAUUUUGAGUCUCGUCAUUAUAUUCAAUCAAACGUUCAAAAUUGAAACACAGGUAUGCCAAAGUAUCCAAUAAAUACUCCCGAAUUACAACAAGGAAAUACGCCACUACUUCUGGCAUUUAUGCGAGGUCAGGCUCCGUUAUGUAAAGUUCUUGUGAAAAAUGGAGCUUGCCUAGGAGCUGAAAACAAAGAUGGUGUAACAAUUUUCAACUACAAAUUGGCAACUAAUCAACUUUUGCUUAAGUUGUUAGACCAACUGCCUCAAGAGAGUCCAUGGGCAACAUCGGAACUGUGUCAGGAAUGCGGAACGAAAUUUACGAUAACUAUGAGAAAACAUCAUUGCCGACAUUGUGGACGCAUUUUGUGUAGCAAGUGUUCUAAUAACGAUAUUCCAAUAUUGAAAUUCAAUAUCAAUAAACCCGUUCGAGUUUGUUGCGUUUGUUUUGAAGUUCUUCAAAUGGGCAGUGAUUGAUAAUUUUGUGUAUCAAUUUUAAUUGAAAAAGAGACUCUUUCGUAUGAACAAAACCAGACAGUUGUAUUUAUGCGUACAUGUACAUGAAAACAAAAUCAGAAAAAAACGAAAAAAAAAUCAGUGCGAAAAA